CUCAAAGCGGGGUCAACCUGGGAUCUCACCAUCACCAAGUCAGCACGCCGAGGCAUCCGCCCUCGACAACUCAGAUAUAUCUGCUGUGGUCGUCACCCGAAGGCGCAGACUUCCUCACUCCGGUCAGGCAUUCUAUUGCCCACCACAUCCUGACAUACAACAGGCCGAGCUUUGCGUGACGAGUCUCACGAGCGUCACCUUCCCUGAUACAAUUGCGCUGAAAACCUGUCCCCCGUGGUGGCAACCUCGUCCCAUUGUGCUCGAGAACAUUCUGUGAUUAUCAACGAUUGCAGUGUCCAUCCCAAUGGCGACUCCAGGACCACUCGAGCGCCUCAAUCGCGUCGUUUUAAGCGGAGUGACACUUCCCUUUGGUAUUCUGAGAUAUGCCGCUACCGAGCCCGUGUUCACCGGUUCCCUGCUGUUUGCGCUGACGCGUGCACCUUCGCAAUAUCGAACACGUCUGUUGAGUUUCCUAAGGGACAGAGGUCUAUCGAGCGACCGAAUCGCGACACUGGUUAAAGCCUUGAAAGUUCUCCUUAUCAUCGGGGUCAUCAGGAGAAUCAACCACGCCCUUACUCGACUUGCGCUGAACAUGUGGCACUUCAAGAAGGCCGGAGCUCCUUUCAGGUUCGGCGCGUCGGGCAAACCUGAGCUGGUCGUGGUCACAGGAGGCUGCAGUGGGUUCGGAUACGAGAUGACGAAAGAAUUCAGCAAAAUCGCCAGGGUGGUGGUUCUGGAUAUCAGCCCUGUACCCCCAGAGCUUGAAACGAACCCCGAUGUGCAUUACUAUCAGCUAGACCUCACCAACUUCGCUGCAAUCGAGUCGAUUGCGGAACAGAUUCGGAAGGAGCAUGGAGAUCCCAGCGUGCUGGUCAACAACGCCGGUAUUGCGACGGGUACCACGGUAGUUGGCAGUGAUGCCAAAUUGACAGAGAGAGUCUUUAAGGUCAACCUCGCAUGCCACUUCAUCCUUAUCAAAGAAUUUCUGCCGGCCAUGUUGCGAGCAAAGAAGGGUCACAUUGUCACCAUUGCAUCGAUGGCAAGCUUUGCUGCGACUCCGGGAUUGGUCGACUAUUCUUGCACAAAGAUUGGAGCAUUGUACCUCCACGAAGGAUUACGCGCCGAACUUCGCGACAAGUACGAGAACGGAGAUUGUAUCCAGCUCACCUGCGUGCAUCCGAGCUGGCACAACACUGGCAUUACGAAGCCAUUCGAGCAUAUACUGCAGAGACAUGGUGUCAGAACUGAUCCGGCAUCCAACGUUAGCGAUGCGGUCGUCGAGCAAGUUCUCGCCAGCCGGAGUGGUCAAAUAUUCAUGCCCAGGAGCGAAGAGACAAAGAUCAGGAUCCGAAAUUGGCCCAUCUGGCUCCAAGAUGUUGCCAUGUACAUACAUCGGAAGCGUGCGGGAUUGAGUCUUUGAGGUUGAUUGUAGCGGAGCCCAGGCCAACAACAUUCCUUUCACACUCAGUGCACUUGCCAUCUUCCAGUAUGGGCACCCAUCACUUGGAUCCCAGGCCACCGAGUAGUUUCAAUCUGUCCCGUAUGCAUUCCCUUGGAAGCAUCGGAACCAGGUGGGGGAAAGGUGCCUGUGUUCACGCCAUUGCCGACACAUUCAGUUCGUUAUGCAACGGACAACGAACGACAUACAAAACGAAGCUGCUGUUCGGGUCAACUGGCACCGAAUACCGUAGAAGUCUACCUCGUCAGGAUAUUUUCU